AUAGGGGCGCUGGUGCGCUUGAGCCCCUGUUAUGACAGCCGAAGCACGGCGUUGAGCUGGCUGGUUGUCGGUCGAUCGAAGGGAGCCAUGGCCCGAGUCACAGCGCUGCUGAUACUGCCGGUUCUGCUAGAAUCGGUCUAUUCCAUCUCCUUCUUUUUACCGGUCAACUCCAGAAAGUGUCUGCGGGAGGAGAUCCACAAAGAUGUGCUCGUCACUGGGGAGUAUGAGUUAACCGAGCAGCCGAACACCAAGACUCAUCUCAAGAUCACAGAUUCUUCCACCCACACUCUUUAUUCUAAGGAAGAUGCAACUAAAGGAAAGUUUGCCUUCACCACAGAGGACUAUGACAUGUUUGAGGUGUGCUUUGAAAGCAAGUCACCCCUGGGAACCGGAAGAGUGCCCGAUCAACUUGUCAAUCUGGACAUGAAGCACGGCGUGGAAGCCAAAAAUUAUGAAGAGAUCGCAAAAGUGGAAAAACUGAAGCCUCUGGAGGUUGAGCUGCGGCGGCUGGAGGACCUGUCAGAGUCCAUCGUGAAUGACUUUGCCUAUAUGAAGAAGAGGGAGGAGGAGAUGCGGGACACAAACGAGUCGACCAACACGCGUGUGUUGUACUUUAGUAUAUUCUCCAUGUGCUGUCUCAUCGGGCUGGCCACCUGGCAGGUCUUCUACUUGAGGCGCUUCUUUAAAGCAAAGAAGCUGAUCGAGUAGAGCCACUUUUUUAGGCUAAAAGCCUCGUGGGACGCAGCCCAGCAUCCACCCUCCUUGGACUAGCUUCAGCAAACAACAGCAAGUCGGGUUAAGGAGCUCCAGAUCUGAAUUUCAAGGCUGAUAAAGUGUCACGGAUGUCUUCUUGAAAAAGAUACUUAUUUGGUGGUUUGGAACAUGUGAAGCUCUGCAGGGAGACUUCUGUCUGCAGGGUUUUGGAUGUUGCAGCCGAUUUAAUGAGAACUCUUUAAUAAGUUGAGCAGUGGCUUCCUUUUUUUUUUUUUUUUUCUCCUCACGCUCCGGUUGAAUAAACGUGCCAUGAGCAAAUGUCUUUCCCUUUCUGUUGAUAAACACGCCAAACAAAUCACACGCUUAGUUCAGGUUUAACCACGAAGUGAGUUGAUUGGAAACUGCUGAACUCCUGCUUUGUCACCGAACAUGUUUGGUAGCUCAGUUUAACUGUCUAUUGUAAUUUCUUAGCUGUUUCUUCUUCAUGUUUUUUCUUUGUUUUCAGAUUAAUUAUCUGACUGUAAAUUAGGUCACUUCCACAAACAUCUUCACUCUUGUUUUCAGGACAAAUUACAGCUCAUACCCCGACUCCUGCUGCAUUUUUAUCAGAAAGAGGUGACAAGAAAUGUAAAAGUAUCCAACCUUUUUUUUGUUAAAUGUAAAAACUUCUUGAGGUUCCAUAACCAAGCUUGAAGAUCCAUCCAGUGUUUGUUAGUUUUGAGGUUUGGGUUACAUGAAUGUGGAUGGAAGAAGAUGCUCCUUGUUUUUUUUUUUGUUUUUUUUUUUUGAUGGGUUCAAUUUUGUAAAUUUGUUGGGCUUUUAUUCAAUAAAAUAUUGGAUGGGUUUA